UGGGUGAAGAAGGUGGUGGUGAUUGGCCUGGCAACAAAAGAGGUGGAGGAGGUGGUGGUACAGAUUGGCCUGGCAAUGAAGCGGGUGGAGUUUUACAUUGCAAUGAAGCAGGUGGAGAUUCACCUUGCAAUAAAGCAGGUGGAGAAAGUGGUGGUGGAGAUUGGCCUGGCAAUGAAGGAGGUAGAGAUUCGCCGGGCAACAAAGGAGGUAGAGAAGAAGGCGGUGAGUGGUCUGGCAAUGAAGCAGGUAGAGAAGGUGGUGGAGAUUGGCCUGGCAAUGAAGCAGGUAGAGAUUCGCCUGGCAACAAAGGAGGUGGAGAAGAAGGCCUGUGA